AUGGCUGAAAAUGAAAUUAUUGGCAUUGCCAAUGAUAGAGCUGGAAACAUAAGGGAUUAUGUUGUGGUGUUAGGAGGGAGCUUUGGUUCGGAAUCUGCAGGUAUUACUGCCUUGUCUCAGGACCAGCAAAGGCGCGGUAGUGAUGCUGCCAGCGUGUCUGUGCGUGCGCAAUGGAGUUCUCUCCUCUCUAUGUUGCAGUCUGUUCCGCUGGCUGUGGAGGAAUCGGAUUCCUUUGCUUGGACCCUAAAUUCUACUGGCAUUUUCAGCGUCGCUUCAGUCAGGAUGGUCAUGGAAGAAGCUAAAGAAAUUGCUUGGCAGUCGGAUACAAUCAGCAGCAUGAUCACCAUUUGGGCUCUUAAACUUCCGCUAAAAAUUCAGGUUUUUUCUUGGAGAUUCUUGACCGGUAGACUACCGUUAAGAGAUCAAUUGAUGCGCAGGAAUCUGCCCAAUAUUGUAUCCGUGAAUUGUCCUUUUUGUGAGUCUCAAGAGGAAAACUUAAUGCAUUUAUUCUUUGAAUGUUCCGUGGUAAAGCAUUUAUGGAAUAGGAUUUUUGUUUGGUUGGGGGCUGGCCAAUUUUUAUCCCUGGCAGAUUUCAGGUCCUUCUCUGCUAUACAGGAGAAAGCGAAGUCAGGCAUCAUUAAGGAGAAGAUGAACAUUGUGUGGAUUUCAACUAUAUGGAGCCUUUGGAAGAUGAGAAAUUUGAUGGUUUUUGAAAACAACUUGUAUAGUUUUGAUUGGGUAUUUAACAAUGUUCUUUUCUUCUCUUGGAGAUGGGUGUCCCUAAGCCACCCUUCGACCAACUUUUGUUUCUAUGAUUGGUUCAAAAUUCCCUUAGGAGGUGUGAGUUCUGUGUAA